GGAACAUUUAAAUUUUCCAACCGUUUGAAGCCAUAGACAAAGUGUUGGUGCUCUGUAUUUGAAGCUGAAUGCGUCGUCGCUCGUUGCCUCGUUGUUACUCAGAAAUACUCGUAAUACUGGAUGGGUGGCUGCUUUUGGAUGCUUUGUUUUAUUGACUGAUAUCGCGACAGUGGAGUAUUUUUUUCUUUAUAUACAAUUAAUUAACAUCUCAAUUUCAUUAGUUCAUGUUUCAUAUUGUCGCUUUCAAGAACUAGAAUGAAUAAUACAAAAGAUAAAAUUAUCCCUGUGAAAGUUUAUGUUAGGGUGAGGCCUUUAAAUGAUGCAGAAGUGUCUCGUGCUUCUCGAAUUAUAGUGGACUGCCCUUCAAAUAGCAGAGAAGUUGUUGUAAACGAACGACCCAAUGAUAAAAUAACUAGGAAGUUCACAUUUGAUAAGGUGUUUGGUCCUAAUUCUAAACAG